AUGCAAUAUUUUCUGUUUUCACUGACUUAUAAGUUUCUAGAUUUGUGUCUUAAUAGCUUUUUUUACCUAUUUGAUACACUUGUUGCAAUGAAUUUGUAUGUAAAUGUGAGCACUUUUAGAUUUAGUCUAUGGAAGUACUUUACAAAAAUAAAGUGUGUUGGUGGCACGAGAAGUGACAAUUUUGAAAUAAAAGGCAAUAUGCCUGAAGUAAUUCUUAAUGGUUCAUAUAUGGUUACAUUUGUUGAAGAUUUCAAGAAACAGUUAGAUCUAAGUGUUAAAUAUCCAGUAUACCGCCGUUAUACCGGUAUUGCAUAUCGGAAUCUUGACUAUCCGAUACGAAAACAGGUAUAG